AUAAUAAAAUAAUCUGAAUCUAUAGAAAUAUAUCGUUGUAUUACGAUACAUUAAAAAAUAUAUUAAUAUAUAUGAAUUAUUAGCUAAAUAUUGACAAAUCUGAUGAUAAGUCAGGAUACAUAAAUACGCAGUUACAGAAAUAUGUAGUAGAAUAUUUCCUCCCUGCCAAAAGUAUAGAAGAAAAUUGAGUCGUGAAAAAUCAACAUGGAAAACAAGAAGAUUUACAUUCUGCGCGAAAUGCUAUAAAUAUCUGAAACAGAGACAGAGGCAGAGGCAGAGGCAGAGGCAGAAACAGUCUACUGAUCCUUUAUCUAUUUCGAAAAAAAGAGGACUUUGUUGUCUUCCAUAUUGAUUUUUCACAAACUAAUCUUAAAACGGUUUUCCCUAGCAAGUGUUUAUGUGAACAUGAUUAACAGUUGCGAAGGAAAAGAAAAGGAAAAAAGAAAAAAAAAGGGAAAAAAGAAAGAAAAAAAGAAAUAAAUAGAAGUACAAUAGCUUUAAAUGGAUAGAAUCCAAAAAUAUUCUAUGCAUCGAAAACUAUUGGAUUGUAAUAAGAAAAGGCAGUAAUUUUAUUUUUACUCAUAAAGAUUUCAGUAUUAUAAUAUCUCGUAUGUUAUAGAGGUACCUACAUAUCUAAUUAAAUGAUUUUUAUUAAACAUUUCUGUUCGUAUGAAUAUAAAAUUCUGACAUAUUUUCUAUAAACAUCUCUCGAUAUUUACAGAAAUUAAAGCAAUAUUUAAUCAUGAGUCUUCAGUGGUCUUUAAUCGCUGGAUUUCUGUAUGUCGAAGUCAUAAUAGUUUUACUAUUGGUGUUACCAAUAAUUUCGCCUACAAGAUGGCAGAAGAUUUUUAAAUCCCAGUUUUUAAAAAGUUUAAGCGAUAGAGCAUCAAUUUAUUUCUUAAUUUUGCUUGCGAUAUUAGUUGUGAUUUUAUUAGAUGCUAUUAGAGAAAUGCGAAAGUAUUCAACAGUUGUAGCUGUAGAGAGAGAUCAUCAUCAUGUCGAUGCCGGAUUGCAAGGUAGUAUGAAACUAUUCAGGGCGCAACGUAACUUUCAUAUAUCUGGUUUUUCACUGUUCUUAAGUCUCGUUAUACGUCGUCUUGUAAUUUUAAUCUCUAAUCAAGCCGUUCUACUGGCACGAAGUGAAGCAGUUACGCGUCAAGCUGAAUCGGCAACUACAACAGCGAAACAUUUGUUGUUACAACAAAAAAUUAGCGGAGAGACUGUUCAGAAUGACUCGUCCGAAGCUCAUGAUAAAGUAACAUUAGAAUGGAAAGCUCAGAUUAACGAAUUACAAAUAAAAAAUCAAGAAUUGGAAAAUCAACUUGCGAGAGAAAAGAAAGAUAAAGAAGCUAUAAAGUCGCAAGCUGAAUCCCUUGCCAAGGAAUAUGAUCGGUUAAACGACGAAUACAGCAAAUGCGUCCAAUCAACUAGCGAUAAAAAAAGUGAUUAAAUUCCUUUUAUUUCCUUCUUAUACUCUGUUCUUCUAUGUAAAAAUUGCUUUCGACUGAUAUCUCAUAUUAUAGAGUUCUGUCGCCCUGUAUAUCUAUGUACUGUAUAGAUAAUAAGAUAAGUAAGAAUAAAUUAUUUAAUAUAUAAUUAUACGUUAGAAAUCUAUGUAUAAUUAAUUAACACAUUGAUAUGUGUUAUAAAAACGCUUAAAUAUAUUUACUCGAUACCGUA